AUGCAUUUAAAGACCCAGAAUGUAUUUGGGUGCGUCUUGAUGGUAACGUUUUUUCAAUAAUUUUCUUCUGCAUUAGUCAUGCCCAUGCCUAUCAACAGUUGUUCACCUGCGCCUACGCGGAGCCGUGUUUCAGCUGCCAAUCAAACACUGAAUUCACAGCCUCCAAAUGCUGUCAUAAUCAACUCUACGCUAUUACAUUAUUUUCAAAGUUUAAGAUAACAAUCAAAGGUAGGAUCAUAAUCAGACAAGACCAGAUAAUAAUGAUAUAAUUCCUCGGACAUCAUAUGCAAUAAUUGCGGCUUUAUUGUGCACGAGAUCACAAUCUGUGAGAGCAGAGACAAAAUCAGAGUAAUAAAAUAGAAUUCCAUUU